AUGCUGUCCAGGAAGGGGAUCAUCCCUGAGGAGUACGUGCUGACCCGACUGGCCGAGGAUGUCCCGGAUCACACGCGCCACCGGACCCGGGAGCGUCGGGCCAGGUUCGUGGGCAAAAACGGGGCGUGCAAUGUGGCGCACAAGAACAUCCGGGAGCAGGGCCGCUUCCUGCAGGACGUCUUCACCACCUUGGUGGACCUGAAGUGGCCCCACACGCUGAUCAUCUUCACCAUGACCUUCCUGUGCAGCUGGCUGCUCUUCGCUAUGAUUUGGUGGCUAAUCGCCUUCGCCCACGGGGACCUGGACCACAGCACCCGCCAGCUGCGCCUUCAAGACGGGCUCGGGGAUCGGGAGGCGGCGGCGACCCACUUUGUGCCCUGCGUAACCGACAUCAAUUCCUUCACCUCCGCUUUCCUCUUCUCCAUCGAGGUGCAGGUGACCAUCGGCUUCGGGGGCCGCAUGGUGACCGAAGAAUGCCCCCUCGCCAUCCUUAUCCUCAUCCUGCAGAACAUCGUGGGGCUGCUGAUCAACGCCAUCAUGCUGGGCUGCAUUUUCAUGAAGACCUCGCAGGCGCACCACCGCGCCGAGACGCUCAUCUUCAGCAAGCACGCCGUGAUCGCGCUCCGCGGGGGGAAGCUCUGCUUCAUGCUGCGCGUGGGCGACCUGCGCAAGAGCAUGAUCAUCUGCGCCAGCAUCCGCAUGCAGGUGGUGAAGAAGAGCACCAGCCAGGAGGGCGAGGUGAUGCCCCUCAACCAGAUCGAGAUCCAGAUGGAGAACCCGGUGGGGGGCAAUAGCAUCUUCCUGGUCUCCCCGCUCAUCAUUUACCACGUGAUAGACAAGAAUAGCCCCCUGUACGAGGUAGCCCCAGCCAGCCUCACUCACCACGAGGACCUGGAGGUGAUUGUCAUCCUUGAAGGGGUGGUAGAAACCACAGGCAUCACCACCCAAGCCAGGACCUCUUACCUAGCGGAUGAAAUACUUUGGGGCCAGAGGUUUGUGCCUAUCGUGUCGGAGGAGGAUGGACAAUACUCAGUAGACUAUUCAAAGUUUGGCAACACGGUGAAGGUGCCCACUCCAAACUGCACAGCCAAACAAUUGGAUGAAGACCGGAGUAUCAUGGACACUAUUUCUUUGUCACCCAAAGGCACCAUCAGAAAAAGGUCUGUUAGGUUAAAGCCCAAAUUUACCAUAUCUGAGGAGACCUUGUGA